GAAUAUUUGGCUGAUAAUCCAACACAAACAAAUAAUGAGAAUUGUGACACCAACGAAUUGGGAUCUACAAGUCAAAAUAGACAAUUAAUUAAUCUAGGACAAAAUAACGAAACUAGCGAGAAUGAGAAAGAAGGAUAUUGGUCCGAAACUCGACACUCCAACAAUUCCAGUAACGACCAAAUCAUAACUGAUGACUUGGAGCAUACAGGAUCAAAUAACGACGAAAUACUUGGUUUGGAUAGCGGAGACGAAAACGUAUCAGUUCGGUCAGACGACUCCAGUGUGUUCGAUCUGUAUCAAAUUGAUCAAAAUUGGGAUCUACAC